GUCGUUGGGUCAUCUCCAAAAACUAUCCAAAAGAGCAUCAAGUUUUGAGUUUUCUCUUCUCUACAAUUUUUCCAGCUGAAAGAAUUCUCAAAACCCAAUUUAAAGAAACAAAUUUUAAGUGUUGAAAUACAAUUUUUUUGUAGUUUGUUGUUUUUAUUUGUUUUUCUGUGUUUUUGGUGUUGGGAUUUGAAUCGAAGUUGGGAUUUUUGGAUCUGAAAUCUUGGUCAUUUUGGCUUUGUUGACUUGAGAUAAGAAAUGGGUUUUGUUUUGAUUUAGAUUUUAAUUAGUUUUGGAGUCAGAAAAAUAAAGGAAGACUUUAACAAAAAUGAGUUGGAAGAACAAAGGAUUGGAGCCAAAUUCAAGGUCUGUGGUGACAAAAAAAUGGACUCUUUUACUUUGCAUUGGAUGUUUUUGUGCUGGAAUGCUCUUUUCUGAUAGAAUGUGGACUGUGCCUGAGACUGAGGAUAAAGGUGUAUAUCGAGAAAUGGGGGUUAAAGAUGAAAGGUUAAAGUUAAUUUCAGAGGGCUGUGAUCCAAUUAGAAAGGAUGUGAAGCAAUCAAAGGAUAUACUAGGGGAAGUUUCAAGGACUCAUCAUGCUAUACAAACACUGGAUAAAACAAUAUCAAAUUUGGAGAUGGAGUUAGCUGCUGCAAGGGCCGUGCAGGAAUCUAUAAUUAAUGGUUCUCCCAUUUCAGAUGACCUGAAAAUCCCUGAAUCAAGCGGGAAACGAAAAUAUUUAAUGGUUGUAGGCAUCAAUACUGCUUUUAGCAGCAGAAAACGAAGAGAUUCGGUUCGUGCUACCUGGAUGCCUCAAGGGGAAGAAAGAAAGAAGCUUGAAGAAGAGAAGGGAAUCAUAAUGCGAUUUGUAAUUGGUCACAGUGCUACCUCGGGGGGUAUCCUUGAUAGGGCUAUUGAAGCAGAAGACAGAAAGCAUGGUGACUUUCUGAGGGUGGAGCAUGUUGAGGGUUAUCUCGAACUAUCAGCCAAGACAAAGACAUACUUUGCCACUGCUGCUGCUUUGUGGGAUGCCGAUUUCUAUGUCAAAGUUGAUGAUGAUGUGCACGUAAAUAUAGCAACACUUGGAUCAACAUUAGCUAGACAUAGAUCCAAGUCGAGGGUUUAUAUUGGUUGCAUGAAAUCUGGUCCAGUUCUUGCUCAAAAGGGAGUUAGAUACCAUGAACCUGAAUAUUGGAAAUUUGGUGAGGAGGGAAACAAGUAUUUCCGCCAUGCAACAGGGCAGCUAUAUGCCAUUUCUAAAGAUUUGGCUUCCUAUAUAUCCAUUAACCAGCAUGUUCUGCAUAAGUAUGCCAAUGAAGAUGUUUCGUUGGGAUCAUGGUUUAUUGGUUUGGAUGUAGAGCAUAUUGAUGACCGUAGACUGUGCUGUGGUACCACAGAUUGUGAGUGGAAGGCUCAAGCAGGCAACAUCUGUGUUGCUUCAUUCGACUGGACCUGCAGCGGGAUUUGCAAGUCAGUUGAGAGGAUGAAGGAGGUUCACCGGAGAUGUGGAGAAGGCAAGAAUGCUUUGUGGAGUGCGGCUUUUUGACAAAGUCCAGUUCCUCCAAACUCAGGAGGAAGCAAGUAAAUGGAUUGGCCUUGGUUUUUGGCUUCAAGUAUGGCAGAAAUGUAUCAACUGUCAAAAUGUAAAAUGUAGAAACAGGGCUGGGGGUGGAGGGGGAAGAGGGUUUGAAGCUGCUGAGUGUCUGUUGUUCCAUUUUAUAUAGGGAGAAAGACCCAUGGCAGUUAUAAAAGAGGGAAGAGUUUGUAAUUAACCAUUCUUUAUUUGCUCCCAGGGGGCGUUUUGUAGGUGUGAAUGGCAACUCCAUAAUAAGUGCCGAUAUUUAGGCUAGCCUUUGAUGCCUGCUGAUUUACGAAUUAGCGGCUUUUUUAUUCCCGCUUUUGACUGGUUUUCCCUCUUUUCAUGAUUGUGGAUGAAAUGGCGAUGAAUAUUUCUUUCUUGAUUUCUUUGCUUCAUGCCAAAACAUCACCGCCCUGGUGGAGAUUGCAUGAGUACGGUGUCAACUCAUGCAAAGUUCACUAGAAAUCUUGCAUCUCAGAUAUAAGUGUAUAUGCAUCAGAUGGCUGGAUUUGGAUUUUGGCCUUGGAUAUUCAGAUUUAUGCACCUACCGAUACAAUUUUAAGAAGCAUGACGUGGGAAAGAGGCAAACAAAAGUCACUUUCUUGCUAGUCUUCUCAUUUGAGGUGAUUGAAACUCUUGACAAAAUGGCUUGAUUGGCUCUUCUUGAAUGACCAAAAACAGUUCUAAUUUGAAUCGAGAGGUCCUGGAUACACUUGGAGAAAUCAGAAUCAAGUUUACUGAACCUUAUCUUAGUCAAGAAAAAGGAAGGAGCAAGCUUUUGAAGCCACGUGGAAUUAAUCAAUCAUGGCAUCUUCCUUUAGCUAAACAAAUAAAACCCCAUCAUUCCUUCACUGAAAAUGCAUAGCCCCACUGCUUCUCACUCCUCCCACUAAGAUAUCACCUAACAUCAUGCCUAGGCUCUUUCAAGAACCUCGUUUUCAUACUACGAGGGUCUUUAACUUUAUAUG